UCGGAGAAAGGGAGCCUCUGAUCAGCGAUUGCCAAGCACAGUGACAGCAGCAGACGCCGCCUGAAAGCUGUAUGGUACAGAAUCAUCAUAUAUUUUAUUUUCUUCUUAGGGACCGGCUUUAUGAUUAAGCUACAAUCUUCAAUGAGUAAGCAUAUCCCUCAGUUCUGUGGUGUUCUGGGUCACACAUUUAUGGAGUUUCUGAAGGGCAGCGGAGACUACUGCCAGGCACAGCACGACGUCUGUGCAGACAAGUGAACUGUAGAAAUUCAUUACUACUCCACGAAGAAACCCCCUUAGGAGCUGAGUACCGGUGGUACUAACCUGGAUAAAAAGGCACUUAACAGAGGAGACUAAACCUGGAUGGGGUAAUCUUCAGUGCACGGUUGGCCUCAGUAUAACUGGAAUUUAGAAGAAUUGCUGCUUUUUACUAAGAGGUUCAUAGCCCCCCCCUCCCACCCCUCAUUUUUCUCAACAUAUUUGCAAGCACUGAGAAUUUCAAGUGGAGUAUAGUGAAAGUAAACAUUUGUUUUCCAUAUAUAUAUCCACAUUAAUUUGUAUUGGAUAUUUCUUUGUUAAUUUUGUUGUUCUGUUUAUAUAAAACCUUUUUAACAAUGGCCCGAAUGAAUCGCCCCGCCCCUGUGGAGAUCACUUACAAGAACAUGCGAUUCCUCAUCACUCACAACCCCACCAAUGCAACCUUAAACAAAUUCAUAGAGGAACUGAAAAAAUAUGGAGUUACAACAGUGGUGAGGGUAUGUGAAGCCACCUAUGAUACAUCUCUAGUGGAAAAGGAAGGCAUUCAAGUUUUAGAUUGGCCCUUUGAUGAUGGAGCCCCACCUUCAAGUCAGAUUGUGGAUGAUUGGCUGAACCUCGUGAAAGCUAAGUUCCGUGAGGAGCCUGGCUGUUGUAUUGCUGUUCAUUGUGUAGCUGGACUUGGACGAGCUCCAGUCCUGGUUGCCCUUGCACUGAUUGAGUGUGGGAUGAAAUAUGAAGAUGCAGUCCAGUUCAUAAGACAGAAGCGCAGGGGCGCAUUCAAUAGCAAACAGCUGCUGUACCUGGAGAAAUAUCGUCCAAAGAUGCGGCUGCGAUUUAAAGAUUCCAACGGUCACCGAACCAACUGCUGCAUUCAGUGAGGGGGAGCAAUCCCUGCUGCCUACAGCUAAAGAAAAGUGGAGAAUGGUGUUGAUAUGUGGCCCCUGUCUCAGG